UCGAACGAAAGUUCUAAACGUCAAAAAAUACGUGUUUGUUUUCUCGACCGUAUAUUUUGGGAAAAAAUGGGUUUCUGCAAAGAUUCCUUCUUUCUUUAGGAAAAUACGUGAUUGCAAAGCAGAAAGGUGAUAAUAGGUUUUAUUUUUAAGUUAAACUAUGACCGAGGAAGAAGAUGUUACCAAAAAACCCGAAGCUGAACCACUAGAUGACAAAGCUCUGGAAAAAUUAGCCGUUGAAGAGUUGAUGCGGGAGGCAGUUCAAGGAGCUGCGAGAGCCGAAAUAGUGGGCCCCUCAGGCUGGAUCAAAAACCAACCCCAAAGAACCAAUAAACGCUUCCUUGUGAACACGCUACGGCAUGCUGUAAGCUCCAACAAGUAUCACAGUUCACGAAAAUCUCACAGACAUUCAAACAAUAGAUCACCAAAGCGUGAUAGACACUCGGAUUCAGCAAUUUCUAAAGAAAAGUUAAAGAAAAAACACUAAAAUGACAGACUUUAAAAUAGAUGAAUUUUUACAAACAACUUUUGAUGUUAAGGAUACAAUUUGGAAACCAUCAGAGAAAGUACCACUUAUAAUAAAAGAAAUAGAUCAACUCAAAUCAGACUUGAGACAGUUCUUGAGCAAUAGUGAUUAUGAUGUAGCAGCUAUCCUGAAAGAGGGUAAGGAGUUAUGUGAUGAAAGCAAAGCUUUGGUGGAUGACAUGGAAUCCUGUAAGCAGGAGAUAGAACAAGAGACUAUGGCUGAAAUCCUGAAGUCUAUUGAGAACCAUGAUACACUAGUUAGAGAGCUUCAACGUGUGAACUUUGCUAUAAAUAUCCUGUAUGAUGUGGUGCAGUGUGGCAAGUAUGUCAAAGAAUUUGAUGAUGGCAGAGAAGCACAAAGCUUUACAAGAGCCAUUGAAGCAGUGUAUGACUUGUUGCAGUAUAUAGAGACACCCGCCGAAGGAUUCCAACAGUUAGACCUCUAUGAGAGCACAAAGCACACAGCUCAGCUAAUCCUCGAUAGCUUGCUACAUGACUUAUUUUUAGAGUGGGACCAGAUGGUGUCAUGGACUACAAAACCUGGCACUCGAAAGACUAUUGUUACAAUAACACUCAAAGUAGAGGACACUUUGGCUACAUGCGAUAUUCUGAAUGCUUUAGUCAAAAGCAAAAAGUUUGUCGAAAAAGUUACAGAGUUUUCAUCUUUUCUAAUGAAAGAUGUCCUUGUGCCAAUCAUUCACAAUGAUUGUACAGUAUUUGCUGAAACUGAUGAGUUGAUGACAGUUACAAUAAAUCACAAACCCAAUUUUAAACCUCCGUACGAUGCUGUUAUAUCCAAUUUAAGGUUAUUGUUUCACUACCUGAGUAACAGGUUGAACAUAGAGUUUAUGAGGGACAAUACCAUAAUGAGUAUGAUAGGUAAGAAAAUAAGUAACGAAUUCAGGGAGGUUCUAGUGAAAGACUGUCUUAUUGACACAAUUCCGAACAAUAUUAACGAACUACAAAGUUAUGGGAGAAUCACUUCAGAAAUUGAAGAUUUCCAGCAUUUUUUGGCUAUUGUCAAGAUAUUUCCUGAUGAGCGCUUCUCUAUACUUCAAUAUGUGGACAAUAUUGAUGUUCUAUUUGCAAAUAAAUCCAGUCAGUAUUUUCUGGAGACUGCUCGUACAAUUAUGCUGAAAGAUUUGAGUAUGACAAUGUCUAUAGGGGUUGAGAGCAUACCAGAUGACACUCAGCCUGGUACCAGUGUUGAUGAAGACAGUGAGGAAGCGUUGAAAAUUCUUGAGAAGACAAUUCCAAAGAGUUUGUUUUACUUCCCUCGGUGCAUGAUAUCAAAGACCGCUCAAGAAUUGUUGAACUUAGUGUAUGUGAUGAUGGAACAAGCAGUGCAGUGCUCUGAUGUGGUGUGUAAGAAGCUGUAUCACACAACGCGGCUGGUGUUUGAGCUGUAUGAUGCUGUGGUACCAUACCAUCAUGAGAAUUAUCUCCAGACAAUUCCUCAAUAUGUUGCAUUAUUCCACAACAACUGUAUGUACCUGGCUCACAACCUGCAAACAUUCGGAGACAAGUGGCUGAUGCUGAUGGAAGGCCGAGAGCUGGACUACGCCAUCAGCUUCGUAGACCUGGUUCAGAAGUUGCGAGACCUUGGGUACAAGCACCUUACCAUACAUAUGCAGCAGCAACGGAAGCAGAUCCUGGAUAAUAUCCGGUCUUCAGAUCUGAACUGCAUUGUGGUGAAGGACGUACUGGGCGACAACGCGGAGGCGGCGGUCAGGCAGUGCAUGCGACAGCUUCAGCUGUUGAAGAACGUGUGGAUCGGCGUGUUCCCCGCCAACGUCUUCACAAGGCUAAUGGGCACACUAGUCAACAUGCUGGUGGACGAACUGAUCCACCGCGUGUGCACCGCCGAGGACAUCUCCGCCGAGAUGGCCGCGCAGCUCUCAGACAUGUACUCGCUCGUCGUGCAGAAGGCGCCCACUCUCUUCCAGGACCCAUCAGACGUAGAGAAGUACGUCAAAAUCUGGAUCAAGCUUCAGGAGUUGAUCUUUGUCCUUGGAGGGUCUCUCAAGGACAUCGAAGCCCACUGGGCCGACGGCUCCGGCCCCCUCGCCAUUCACUUCCGCACUGAGGAGCUUCGCAACCUCAUCAAAGCACUAUUCCAAAACACCCAGUUCCGGGCUAAUUUAUUGUCGAAAAUAAAGUAAUAUACUUAAUUCACUUGGUUACCCUAGCUGUCUCCUGAAUAUAAUGAAACGAUAAUAUAUGGUGUUAAAUGAU